AGCGCUUUUCCUUUCACCUGAGUAAACACGCAUGCGCAGCGUUCGGGAUCCCUACCUCCUUUUUCCUCUCUCCCUGCUUCUGUCAGUCCAGAAUUUGGCUGCAAGCAGCACGCUCCUUGUGGAUGCGACCGGGAUCAGUUGACAUCGCUUUGCUGUAUAUUUGGACAUUUUUUAAACGGGACUUUUGCAUAGGAGCCGCAGCGCCGCUGAGUACGCGCAGUGGGCAUCUUUAGAUCUCGUAACCUGACCUUGGUGUCAUCCGAUGUUUCAAAUGCGAUGACCCAUCUUCAUCCUCGUAACUAUACCCUUCACAAUGGUCAGUUAAUCGGCCCACUGAUCUUACAGUCUGCCUCCAAACCCACCAUCUCCCCUGUCCUCGACUGCCCCAUCAGCAGCAGGGAUGCAUGUGAUGGGCAGCGUCUCGCAGGCCACUGGGAGCCAAGAUUUCUCUGUCCAACAAGAGGAUGUAGCUGUUACCGUGACAAUGUCUCUCCCUUCUCCUCCUCGUCCUCCAUCGAGGUAUGCUGACAUAGAAGAUAACCAGAUGAAAUCACCUGACAUUCCUCCACCACCUCCCCCACCUCCUCCUCCCCUACUGCCUCUGCCACCAGAGCUUGGACACCCCGCUGGUGGGCUGAAGAAGAAAAGGAGGGUGAGGAGUUUUUUCUGGAAAACGAUUCCAGAGGAGCAGGUAAAGGGACGGCUCAACCUAUGGACUCAAGGCCAAGUGAAACAGAAAUACGAGAUUGACGCUCAGACUGUCGAAGAGCUGUUCGGUCAACAUGACGGUCAAUCAAAAACCCUGGCAACGCCCGCCAGGGGAGGGAAAACCAGCAGCUCAUUUAGAGAGACCAAACAGGAGGUUUCCAUCCUAGAUGCUAAGCGAGGGAUGAACAUUGCAAUUUUUCUCAAACAGUUCAAGAGGUCCAAUGAGACUAUAGUAGAUGAAAUCUGCCAUGGCAACAGUGAGGCUUUUGGGGUGGAGCGUCUGAGAGAAAUGCUGAAACUGCUGCCAGAGUCUGAAGAGGUGAAGAAACUGAAGGCACACCGCGGCGAAGUCUCUCAGCUCUCAUUGGCCGAUUCCUUCAUGUACCGGCUGAUUCAGGUGCCCAGUUACACAGUCCGCAUUGAAUCCAUGCUCUUAAAGGAGGAUUUUCCGGCAGCGUGCGAGGCCAUGAAACGGGACAUUAAGAUCCUUCGCGCCGCCAUCAAAGAAUUAAUGUGUUGCGAGGAGCUCCAUGCUGUUCUCCACCUGGUGCUGCAGGCCGGAAACCUCCUUAACGCUGGAGGUUAUGCAGGAAACGCAGUAGGCUUCAAGCUGUCGUCCCUCCUGUCUCUGGCUGACACCAAAGCUAACAAACCAGGCAUGAACCUGCUGCACUUUGUCGCUCUGGUGAGUAACGUCAUUGUUCAUUUCAUUUUUGCACAUACGCCAGUGUGGCUGAAGACACACAAACAGUUAAAGUGCUCUUUGGUUGUCAGGCACCAUUGGGAGGAAGACCCUAAAGACCCUAUUUUUAUGGGGAAUCACACCUUUAGAGUUUCCAGGGAAGAUCUAUGCUAUGAUGUGGUUGUCAUCCUGGUGUUGCUUUGGGUGUUUGCCAUUGUUACAGGCUACUUG